AUGGGGUUCAAUGGUCUACAAAUUAGAGAUUAUGAUUCUACGGCACAUAUGCCGGAGCGUGUCGAGAAACUCAGUGGUGGCCAAGUCAGUCGCGGACCAGCUGAACACCUUUUCUCAAAGGCAGAAUUAGUUACAAUGGCACUAAAUGGGAAAUCAUUCUAUGAUGAGGCCGACAAUGAGAGAAUCAAGACAGAUAUUGAAAGACAAGAAGUAUCGCAAUACUAUUGGAAGAGGGCGAAGAGGGCGAAGAGGGCGAAGAGGGCGAAGAGGGCGAAGAGGGCGAAGAGGGCGAAGAGAGCGAAGAGGGCGAAGAGAGCGAAGAGGGCGAAGAGAGCGAAGAGGGCGAAAUUGGCAAUGAGAAACAUGGGAAGGGGUGCUGUGCAGGUUGAAGUUAAUUUACUCCGCCCCAAACUUCAUGCACAAGCAAUCAAAAGUUCCGUCCAUUUGCCAUCCGAUGGGGUGAUAGCUCAGUUGGGAGUAGCGUACGACUGA